AGUGUUGAUACGCGGCGCACCCCGUUUCUUUUCCCCACUUACCAACUUCGGACCGGCACCCUCAUUGCUCUUUCCUUCUACUUUCAUCUAGACAAGUCUCGGCAAUAUGCCCUACAAACUUUCUGCUACCCUCGCCGCUCACACUUCAGACGUGCGCGGAGUAGUGUCACCGACCAACGACCUCGUCUUGUCGGCAUCAAGAGAUUCUACCGCGAUUUUGUGGCAACGUUCUUCAUCGUCGUCGCCCUUUGCUCCCGAGUCGGUGUUGCGUGCGGGGUCGCGAUACGUAAACGCGGUGGCAUAUAUCUCACCAUCCGUUCAAAAAGGAUAUGCGGUUACUGGUGGACAAGACACCGUGAUUAACGUCUUCUCGCUGGAUUCUCCCAAGGACGAUCCCGAUUACACAUUGUUAGGUCAUUCGGAGAAUGUUUGUACAUUGGAUGUGUCGCCUGGUGGUACUAUUAUAUCGGGGUCGUGGGACAGGACAGCAAAAGUAUGGAAAUCCUUCCAGUUGGCGUACGACUUGAAGGGACACAGCCAGUCUGUGUGGGCAGUCCUGGCUGUAGAUGAAGAGCAGUUCCUGACAGCGUCCGCCGAUAAAACCAUCAAACUGUGGCAACAGCAUAAAUGCGUCUCCACCUACACCGGUCACCGUGACGCCGUUCGCGGCUUGGCCCUGGUUCCUGACAUUGGCUUCGCUUCUUGCUCCAAUGAUAGCGAAAUUCGUGUUUGGACACUUGGUGGCGACCUCAUCCAUUCAUUAUCGGGCCAUACAUCCUUUGUUUACAGCCUAUCCGUACUACCCAAUGGUGAUAUCGUUUCUGGCGGCGAGGACCGAUCUGUUCGCGUUUGGAAAGAUGGAGAAUGCGCCCAAGUCAUCACACACCCUGCUAUAUCCGUAUGGGCUGUGUCCUCAAUGCCCAAUAGUGAUAUUGUUAGCGGCUGUAGUGACGGAGUAGUACGCGUCUUCAGUGCCUCCGAAGAGCGUUGGGCAUCGGAAGCAGACUUGAAAGCAUACGAUAGUGCUGUAGCUAGUCAAACGCUUCCCUCCCAGCAGGUAGGCGACGUGAAGAAGAGCGACCUUCCCGGCCCAGAGGCUCUGAAUACUCCAGGUGAUGCGCCCGGUAAGGUCAAGAUGAUCCGAAAUGGUGAUGUUGUGGAAGCGCACGAGUGGGAUGCCACCAGUUCCACAUGGAAGAAGAUUGGAGAUGUUGUUGAUGCAGUGGGUCAGGGCCGGCGACAGCUUCAUGAAGGCAAGGAAUAUGACUAUGUAUUUGACGUUGACAUUCAAGACGGGGUGCCUCCUUUGAAGCUCCCUUAUAACGCCUCCGAAAACCCAUAUGCUGCUGCACAACGGUUCCUUGAAAAGAACGACCUACCGCUAAGCUAUAUCGAUCAAGUCGUACAGUUCAUCGAGAAGAAUACUUCCGGCGUGAAUCUGGGGUCCGGUGGAGAGGACUAUGUGGACCCAUUUACGGGCGCGUCCCGGUAUAGAAGUUCUGCAGCUUCUGUUCCCGCUUCAGGGCCUCCAUCAGCCUACGUCGAUCCUUAUACCGGCGCUUCUCGGUAUAUGGCGAGUUCUUCCACUCCCGCGACGGCUCAACCUGCUUCCUCCUCUGCCUACAUGGAUCCCUUCACUGGCGCGUCAAGGUACUCCGGUGCACCAGCCCAAAGCGCACCCCCGCCGCCCAAACCGUCAAUUCUGCCAGUUCCGAUUCCUCUGUCGUUCAAGCAGGCCAAUGUUUCUGCCAUGCAAAGCAAGCUCUUUGAGUUUAAUGAUAGCCUGAGCCAUGAAAUUUCGACUGCCACGUUGGCCAUGUACCCUCAGGAAAUCACCGCUGUCGAUGAGCUCUUUGUCUAUUUGUCAAGCGUCUCGCCGACGUCAUCAGGACCCUCAUUGAUGUCUGCUUCACAUGUCGAUGCUAUCUCACGCGUCCUAGAAAGAUGGCCUCAGUCCCAGUUGUUCCCUGUUCUUGACUUAGCUCGCCUCAUGGCCGGGUUCUGCCCGGACGUUUUCGCAUCUCCCGAUGUGAGGAGCCAGUUCCUAAAAGCCCUACUCAAGGCCGGGGAAUGGGAGGCUCCUUGGGAGUCUCCUUUAAGCAGGAGCCGACAGACAAACGUGUCACUUGUUUUGAGGACAUUGGCGAAUACGCUUCAGGAGACGGCCCAGACAGACGAGACGUGGCCCAACGAGAUAUUACAAGCUUUGGACGCGGUCGAUUUCCCUACGUUGGAUAAGAGAAACCGGCUCCCGUUGGCUUCCCUUUUGUUCAACAUCUCAUGUCUAGCCCUUCGCGCACAACUACCCCCAGACCAGCGUGAGCUCCACAUCACAUUGGCACUUCGGCUUCUACGGCUCGAGGUUAAUGAGUCGGAAGCUGUUUACCGUGGGCUCGUCGGGCUUGGCAACGUGCUGGUUGCACUGAAAAGACAGGGCUCGACUACCUCUCAGGUGAACGACAUUCCGCCAAUUCUCGCUUCCCUGCAAAGCAAGUAUCCGGAGGAGCGGGUUUUGAAUAUAAUUCGAGAGAUCUCUGCAUUGUGAAGAUGGAAUUCUGGGUCUGUUUAUGUUUUUGUUUUCAUAUUCUCUUCGGGUGUUCAUGGAUUUAGACUCUGGACGAUAAUUCGAGAGCUCGUCUCUAUAUGAUAUCAGAUUUCUUCCCUCCUACCGAUCCAUGCCAGGUUUA